AUGCUGUUUAUCGAUCCAACAGAAGAUCCAUUUCUGGAUAUUUAUAUUGAAAAAGUAGCACGAAUGAGUACCAAAGCUAUUAUAGCCAUGCCGAAAAUGAGCGAUACGGAUUUUCUGGAUUAUUUAUUCAGCAAUAAAGAUUCGAUUGAUGGUGUUGCACUUCGUGUUGACAAUAGCAUUUUUGAUCAUCUGCGUGACGAUCAAUUAAAACAGCAGACAGAAAUCGACAAAGAAUGGGAAACAUUGAUGAUAUCCGCUCCGAUUAUUGUUGGCUAUAUGGGCAAUCUUAUGGUUCUUGCCAGCAAACGUGAUUUUCCUUUUCAAGCUCCAUUAGGCUACGUCUAUCGUUAUAUUAGAUAUCCAAAUUCUUUUCGCGCCACUCUUGCUCAAGUAUCAUCCGAUAUGUACAAUGCUUUGAUGGGUGCUCACACGGCUAUGGAUCGUAUUCAGUUGGCCAUUCAACAAGUACCGACACAUGUCAAAACAGCAAUGAAAUUGAUUACUUCAGCAGGGAAUGCCAUGCUUAAAUCGAUGCUACCACGAACUCUCGAUAGUAUCGGACGUUUAGCAACGGAAAGUGCCGAUAUUGCUAAUUCUACUUUGCAACGUUUCAAUUUACUACAAGAAUUCCUUGCUGAAAUCAUUGAGUUGAGUGAAAAUACGCAAGGAGCUAACGAAGGUGCUAUUUAUGACAUGGAAACUAAGAAAAAUCAGUCAAUGCUUGAUCAAGAACGUCUUCAGAAUAAUCUCAAUACUAUUCAGAGUCAAUACAAUGCAUCUAAAGUAGCUUUGGAAAAUGCCAGAAAAAAGUAUGCCGAAGCCAUGCAACUUGUUACAGAUUCAUCAAUGCCUACGAUUGUUGGUGGUCAAUCAGAUCCUCUCACAGAUAUCAUUAUGCUCGCCAUUGGUGUUGUAUUCGAUCCAGUUGGUACCAUCGGCUGUAUUUUGGGUGGUUGCAAAAAUCCGGAGCCAGUUAUAGACAAUACCAAAUUUGAGAAUGCCAUGAAAAUCGCUGAACAAGCCAGAAAAGAUCUAGAAGAAGCAGAAGAACUUCACAAUAAACAUUUUCAACAACAGUUAGCCGAACAGAAUGAAUUGGCUAAGGCCAUGGGACAAAUGGCUAUGCUCGAUUUGAGUAUAUUAAGUACGGAAGAAAUUGUUCGACUUCUUCUCGAAGCAACGCAGCAAAUCAGUUUGAUCAAAGAACAAUGGAGUCGCAUGAUUCGAUUCUUCUCGAAAUUAGCUGCUCAAGCUCAUAGUACUCAACAGAUCGUUGUCAAAGAUUUCGUCGAAGUCAUUCAAAUAGCCCAAACCGACAACUUAUUGGUCGAUCCGAUUGAUCGAGAAUUCUUCACUGAAAUGUUGAUACCGGCCGCAACAACAAUUGAAAGUGGUGCUCAUUUAUUAUUUACUAUGGCCAAAACUUACUAUGCAGUUUCUAGUGAACAUAUGAUUGAUCAAAUAGCAGGCAUUAGUCAAUUGUUAACUUUACAAACAGAUGAAGCACGCAAAGCUCAUCUUCAACAAGCAUCCAACAAGACAAUCACUACAUCAUUGAAGAUCACACAAAUGGCACAAGAACGACAUAGUAUUUAUCUUGAAAAGACACGAAAUCGACAGGCAGAAUAUACUGCUUAUAUAACUAGUCUGGCUGCUUCGGGACUAUCACAAACGAUAGGUUGA